AUGGGAAUCAUCCCUUCCGCCGCAGCAGCAGGCGAUUCCAGCGCUCGUUGCAAAGAGAACGAGAGGGCAGCUCUUCUCAAGCUCAAGCAAGGCCUGUUCGAUUCCAGCGGCCGGCUAUCUUCCUGGGCGGGUGACGACUGCUGCAGAUGGCGAGACGUUCGCUGCAGCAACCGCACCGGCCAUGUCGUCCAACUCCGACUGCGCAACCCCUCACCCUCACCUGACGGCGACGACAACUUCUUGUCCGGCAAGAUCAGUCCUUCUCUGCUCGAGCUGAGGCACUUGAGCUACCUGGACUCGAGCAGAAACAGAUUCGAUGGAGCAAGCAUCCCACGCUUCAUCGGCUCGUUGACGAGCUUGCGGUACCUGAACCUCUCCGAUGCAACGUUCGGCCGCACGAUUCCUCAUCAGCUCGGCAACCUUUCCCGCCUGCAGUACCCUGAUUUCCACUGGCUCUACAUCCCUCCUCGUCCUCUCGUCGUCGAUAACUUCCACUGGAUCUCUCGUCGCUCCUCCUUGAGUUACCUCGACACGUCUGCCAUUAACCUUUCGGCAGCAGGCGAUGUAUACGACGAGGUCUUGCAACUCGGUGGAAAUGAUUUCAAUGAUACCGCAUCUUGGAACAUUAAAAUCCUCUGCAACUUGCAGAUUCUAGACCUGUUAUAUAAUGGGAUCAGUGCAGACAUCUCGAAUUUUGACAAGCAGUUGUCUGGAUGUGUCAGAAACAGCUUGCAGGUAUUAAAUCUGGCAUACAAUGCUUUGGGUGGUGGAGUUCCUGUAUGGAUUGGGGAGCUCAGGAAUCUGAAGUCUCUGCAUCUUGAGGACAACUUGCUCUCCGGUCUCAUUCCUCCAUCUCUUGGAACCCUCUCGUCACUGAGCUUCCUCUACCUAAGCCACAACAUGUUACGGGGGUCAAUUUCUGAAUCUUUCGGGCAGCUCUCGGAGCUAAUCGUGUGGGUUGUCAGCUACAAUCAACUCUCUGGUAUCGUCUCCGACGUCCACUUUAGCAGCAUAACAAGGUUUGAAGCUCUGCUCCCGUCUUGA